GCAGUUCCCACGUGUGUUUUUUAUUUGUGUCAUAUGGCUAAAUACGAUGGCGUCUGCCGCAGUAGCUUUAUUCAGUCUGUCGUUUUUGAUAAACGUUGUAUUGUGGGAAAAUGCUUUUUACGACGUACGCAAAAUCGCAAAUUCAUGCUACAAACCUAUAAGGGACCAGAGACCAGCAAUUGUUAAAACUUACCCUAGACCCCAUGAAUAUCUGAACGUCUCGGAACUGCCCACGAUAUGGGACUGGCGAAACAUUGACGGCCGGAACUACGUGAGCGCCACUCGGAAUCAGCACAUCCCGCAGUACUGCGGCUCCUGCUGGGCCAUGGGGGCCACUAGCGCUCUCGCAGAUCGCAUCAACAUCAAGAGGAAAGGGGCCUGGCCUUCUGCUUACCUGUCUGUCCAGAAUGUCAUAGACUGUGGGAAGGCGGGGUCUUGUUUUGGCGGAGACCACUUGAUGGUGUAUGAGUAUGCGCACAGACAGGGCAUUCCUGAUGAAACCUGCAACAAUUACCAGGCUAAAAACCAAGCCUGUGACCUCUUCAAUCAGUGCGGGACCUGCACCUUCUUUGGAAAAUGCAGCACAGUGAAGAACUACACUCUGUGGAAAGUGGGCGACUAUGGGGAGGUUUCCGGACGAGAGAAGAUGAAAGCAGAGAUUUACACCAAUGGGCCCAUAAGCUGCGGUAUAAUGGCUACAGAUGGUCUGGAGUCCUACGGAGGCGGAGUCUUUGCAGAGUUCCACCCCCUAUCGCUCAUGAACCAUAUUGUAUCGGUGGCGGGCUGGGGCGUGUCUGAAGAUGGAACCGAGUACUGGAUCAUGAGGAACUCCUGGGGACAGCCAUGGGGGGAAGAUGGAUGGGCGAGAAUCGUCACUAGUGCAUAUAAGGAUGGGAAGGGAAACUGGUACAACCUGGCCAUUGAGAAGAGUUGUGCAUAUGGAGACCCCAUCGUUCUGUAGAAUGGCUCAGUUCACUUCCUGUGCACUGGCCCAAAGCACCAGCUCUCCAUUUACUUUUGGAAAUUGCUGCAGAGUGAAUCAUGGGAAGCUGAGGAGAAAUGUCCGGUUCUUGUGGACAUACUUCUGCAGCAAAAGAGGGGCGGGUUGGGAAAAAAUCUUAAACUGAAAUAAGAAGAGCAUGCAAUCAAGUAGAAAAUCAAAUAUAUGUGGCAUACAAGAUCCUGCUUCAUCGUAGUCAAAGUCAGCAUUUAAACUGCUGGUUUUCCACUGGUGCUGUUCUAUUACAGUGGAACACUGGAAAAAUGAUCUUUAGAGAAAGUUUGAUAGUUUGAUCUUUAGAGAAAUGUGUGCAGGUUUCUCUGCAUUUUUACACGGGAAUGCCACCUCAUCGCUCAUUGUUUUUGUACAUCAUCCAGUGAUUUUGAAAUGAUAUCUACAGUGUUAUAAAUAUGAUUUGGGAAAAAUAGCUCAUAGGCUAGUAACACUAAUAUGUCUUUGAACAGCGGGUUGACUUACGCAGUCAUUCUUAUACAGUUUCCUUUCCAGCUGAGUCUGAUCACUGCCCUGAGCUGGAAGUGAUGCUGGGUCACUGUCUCAUUACACGCCUGGCCACCGUCAGUUUGCCUGUGAGAGCUGUGCAUGUGUAUGCCUCGGACACAAAGACUGAGCAGCUCAGCUGAUGGAUGUGCUGGUGUAAAGAAAAUCACUGGCAAAGAUGGAGGACGUUGAAGUGAUGAGACAUACCUAUUAAUUCUAUUAGGCAUUUGUAACAAACAAAAAAAUCAUUAUCUUUGUUAAAACAUUAUUAAAAUGAACACUAACUUGUCUGAACAUGCCCUAUUUAAUCAUAAUAUGCUAUCUACUGAAUUUGAACAUUGUCAGGUAGUCCUAAGUUGACCACCAUCAACACACAACUUACAGACCCUGUGCAGUCAAUUUCUUCUGAAAGAUAAAAAUGUAUUCUUCUUUAUUAACACUGAACAGGAAAAUAAUGACAUUUCCUUUGUAUAUAAAGUUUGCCAUUUUUGAUAUUUAAAAAUGAUUUUGAUUGUACGCGGUCUUAAAAUAUGAACCAGUCGUUCACAGGUAGAGAUGCUAUUAUAGUAGCUACGAGCACAGAUUUGAGUGGAAGUGGUAAUACUAUUCCCUCAAAUUUAGCCUUGUAUUUGUGAAAGAAAAAAGAUUGUGACUGAAGUAAUAUUUAACAACGCUGGCCAAAUGUUUAUUGAUUUUUGACCUUUUGGAUUCCUAGAGACAUUUGAACAAUUUUUAAAGUACAGCCAGCUAUAUUCUGAUUUAUAUUACUGCUGUGUCAAAGUAAUUUUUAUUUUUCUGAAAUAUAGUGGUUUUCUAUUAUUUUGAUAAGAACAAUCUAAGAAUCUAAGAUUCAGAAUUGUGUUUAAAAAUCCCACAUAUAUUCCAAUGUUAACUGAGGGAAAAAAAUAAUUUAACACAUUCACUUGAAAUAAUAAAUGAGUUUUAGCAUU